UCAACCUUACCCCUUUCUCCCUUCCGCCGCCGCUCCACCACCAGAAACCAUCAGAUCUGAAGAAUGACGGCUUUUGGUGGUGUUCUUUCUCUUCGGAAUACAAUUGACAAUAUUCUCUGUUGUUCUCGUUUCAGCCUCGUUGAUUGCUCUCGACAAAUCAUAGAUGUCGUGUACAACGAGUUGGAUCCAUUGCAACACAUUCUGGAGAAAUUGGACGGCACAAGUCCAAGCAGGAGCAGGAAGAAGGUGAAUGCUUUGGAUGGAAGAAUCAAAGAGGCAAUUUGGAGAUUUGAAGACUCACUGGAAUCUCUUCUCAUUCAACACAUUCCUUCACAAUCUGAAAUUCUUCCAGAGAUAGUCUCCAUUGAUCUGCAGAGUCUGCAAAAUGCUGCAAAUUCGUUGAUCCAGAAGCUCAAUGAUAUGCAGGAGGAGUACAUUGAUGAAGUAGUGAAUAUGCCUCAAGACGAACCUAUUUCCUCAUCAAUUGGUUCCCGUGGAAGCAUCUCGAAGAUGAUCGGAUUAUCAGAUCAAUUCAAAAGAAUCAAAGCCUAUCUUUUGCGAGGAGAUCUCCCCUGGAGGCUUGAGUACUCUAUCUAUGGCACGGCAGGCAUUGGUAAGACCGCUCUUGCUAUGCAAAUUUAUGAAGAUUCACAAAUUCAGAGCAAAUAUGAGUGUCGCGCGUGGGUUACUGUAGGCAGAGUACCUCAACCGAUCAGUCGAAUUGCACGAGGCAUUCUAGCUCAACUGUGUGGAAUUGCACAAGGAGAUGAAGAAAUUAGUGAUCACUACUUGGAGGAAAGAUUGUAUGGAAAGAAAUGUCUCAUUGUGUUGGAUGAUGUCUGGGAGAUAUCGAAUUUCUUGGAGGAUUCAUUUCUGAACAUAAAAAGUGGAUGUGUUCAUAUCCUGUUUACUGGUCGACAUCGAAAACUACUGAAUGGCAUUCUGUAUGGAACUUGGCACGAGGUCCGGUUUUUGAAUGAAGAAGAAAGUAUGGAUCUAUUAUGUGAGAAGGUGUUUGGUGAUGAGAUUUGCCCUCCUCACCUUCACAAAUCUGCCACCAAAAUUGCCAAGCUUUGUGAAGGUCUCCCUCUCUUAAUACUCACAGUUGCUGAUAUCCUAUCCAAAUCCGAGCAUAACAGAGACCCAACCUACUGGAAGGAUGUAGCAGAAAAGAGAAAUUCAGUCUUCACGGAUGCAUAUAAUGAAAUAUCGAAGGUACUUUUCCCAAGUUACGAGUACUUACCUCAACAUCUUAAAAUGCCUUUUAUGUUUAUGGGAGUUUUCCCUCAAGAUUAUCACACCCCCCCUUCCAAGAUCAUUGAUAUGUUGACUGCUGAGGGGUUGUGGUAUGAUCGGGAAUGUUUAAGAGAGCUAGCUUUCUACUACAGUCUUGUUUUACGCAACUUGAAGAGCGUGUUUAAAUCUUCACAUGAGGUUUCUGUUAGUGAUUUUAAAGCUUGUUGGCUUCAUUCUUCAUGGCGGCACGUGUGUAGAGGAGAAGCUAGUAAGAACAAGUUUUAUCGUGUCUUAAAUAAGUUAAUUGAUGCAGAAGAAAAAGAUCUAAAAGGUCAACGCAGCUUGUGUCUCGAAAAUAACAUUUUAUUUGGCAUCAAAGAGUUUCGAGACUCAGUGAGAUUGAAUUGUGCAUCCUCUACACGUUCUCUCCUUUUAUAUGGUCCUUACCACCAAUAUCCAAUCUCUAUAGAUGUUGGUUUCAUGUUGCUAAGGGAAAUAGAUGCUCUUACACAACGUUUCUAUACAUUUCCAAUAGAAAUUUUAUCACUAGUCCAACUUAAGUACCUUGCUUUAACUUGUAACGGUGAUCUCCCUGCAACUAUAUCCAAACUUUUCAAUCUUCGAGUCUUGAUUAUGCAUCCACAUAUGAACAUUAGACGUUGUGGGGCUCCAUCAUAUGUACCAAUACAAAUAUGGGACAUGAAAGAGUUAGAGCAUAUUGAGUUACCGGGAAAGAGCCUUGCUGCUCCAUCUCAUGUUGCUUCUUUGAAAAAGCUCUCAACACUUGUUGGUGUAAAUGCUAGCAUUUGUACUCUCUUGGAACUUUCGAGAAGAAUUCCUAGCAUAAAGAAAUUAGGAAUACACAUUGAGCUUACACCUUAUGAUGAUCAUAACGACCUUUUGAGUUGCUUUGGUUGCAUUUCAACACUUGGAAGUUUGGAGACACUCAAAUUCAGUAUCACAAAUCCUGUGAUCGUGCAUAGUCAGGUGUUCUCGGUGACUCCCAAGAAAUUGAGGUUUCCACGUAAUUUGAAAAAGUUACAUCUCAGUGGCAUGGGUUUACCCUGGGAAUACUUGGAUGUCAUUGGCUCUUUGCCAAGUCUUAAAGUGCUCAAAUUGCGAUCAUACGCCUUUCGUGGUUCACAUUGGAAAGCGAAAAGGCAUAGUUUUUCGAGUCUUGAGUUUCUUCUAAUUGAAGAAAGUGAUUUGGUGCAAUGGAAACCAGCGUACCUAAGCUUCCUUAGGCUUAAAUACUUGAGCCUAAAACAUUGCUACAAACUAAAAGAGAUCCACAGGCCUGCUUCUGUGUAUGCAGAAUUUGGAAGAAUGAUCAUAGAGAUUGAAUUGGAGGACUGCAAUCCUUUAGCUUUGACGUGUGCCAGCCAAUUGCAACCAACAAAUGAUGUUCGGCUUCGUGUUACUGACUCUUCUUCUUUUUACGGGAAACCAACAACCUUCAAAUGUGAAAGGGAUGGAGCCGACUAUAUAUCUGGGCUUGAAAGAUCCAUUUUGGAAACUGAGGAUGAGAAUGAUGAUGAAGAUAUGACUGAUAGUGAAGAUACAGACAGAGAAUGAUUUUGAAAUUAUGCCAACUGGGGAGAAGAUGGCGAAGCAGAUAUAGGCUUGGACGUUGGUGAUUAUACAUGUCACGAGGAUGAGGAAGAGAAUGAUGAUGAAUAUACGUAUGAUCAUGAGGAAAUGGAUGAGAGCACAGACAUCAACGAGCAUCCUUGUUGCUCGCUCUCAACAAAUCAUGGAUGUCGUGUACAAAGAGUUGGAUUCAUUGCACCAAAUUCUGGAAAGAUUGGACGAGACAAGUCCAAGCAAGAGCAGGAAGAAGGUGAAUGCUUUGGAUGGAAGAAUCAAAGAGGCAUUAUGGAAAUUCGAAGACUCAUUGGAAUCCCUUCUUACUAACACAUUCUAUCACAAUUUGAAAGUCUUAGAAAGAAAAUAUCCAUUGAUCUGCAGAGUCUGGAAUAAGAUGUUCAUUCCUUGAU